AAAUAAUGAUGACGUACAACACAAGAAUGCUACAGCGUUGAUCAAGUCAGAUUGCGUGACAUAAUUACAUCAACAACUUAAUUGAGAGUUUCAGGUCGGCAAUGGCAGAUGAAGAAACUGGGGAAGAUGAUAGUUUGGUAUCCUGUAAAAAGACUGACGUUACGACAUGUGGAGGAGAUUUACAGACAGCUUUUAAGAACUUGAAGGUUGAUCCAGAAUGGAAUUCCAAAAUGGUAGAAGACAAAUCUUGCAAGCUGUUUGUAUGCAGUUUAUUAUUAGGAAAAAAUUCAUCUGCUGCCCAACCAGAAGCAAAGAAAAUGAAAAAAGUUACACAUGAAAAAUUUAAGGCCACUACAAAAGUGAGAAACUAUCGAAAAGCUCCAUAUUCAGUCCCAGAUAUACCAUCAAUGGAAGUCCUAAGUUUUCAGAGGGAUGAGUGCAAUUGUCAGACAUGUAAAGAUGACUGCUCACAUACUCAGACAGAGUUAAAAUACAACUAUGCAAGGAUUAUAAGUUCAUCAAACCACAGCAUGGAGAAGAAGAAGAUUCUUCAUGAUGCCAAACUAAAGCUUCACAAUAGUGACAAAGAUAGAAAAACUGUCAUCAGAAGCGCGAGGCUUCAUAUAAUUAAAAAAUCAAAAGUUUCUGUAUCAAUUAAAAUGCCAGUGUCUAAUCUCCAGUUGCCUGAAUGUGGGCUUCCUUCGACAAGGACUUUUGGUGCUAAUGCAAGUGGUCUGACAGACUUCUCAAAGAUGGCAAAAGAUCAUUCAGCUGAUCAAAAGGCAGAACUUGUCACUUGUGAGAGAGAUAAAGAGGGAAAACGUGGUGGAUAUUCCAAUUACAGAGGAGAGACAGUUUGCACAUCUUGCAGUAAAGAUGUGAAAGAAAUCUGUGCAAGUAAUGGAGACCACCCCUCUGAGCUCCCUGUGAUUAGUCGGAAAAAGAUCACAAGAAGUUCUUCUAAUUCACCAAGAGAGAGUUUGGAAACUCCAACACUAACUAGAACAUGCUCUCAAGAAGCAAGGCUUGAUGAAAUGACUGUUGAUGAACUUGCCUGUUAUUUUGAAGACUUUGUCUACAUCCCAAAAAAGAUGUCUUCCAUGGCAGAAAUGAUGUACACCUGAUUUAAGCGGAAUGCUGUGUAAUCAUGAUGUAAUGUUGAUUGUAAUUCAAGCCUGUAUUCUUAUCACAUGGAGUUGUACCAAUUUUCCAUCAAGUGCUUUAGAAAGCAGGAUAAUUUUGGUCAGGUUUAUUAAUUCUUUAGACUUUUUUAUUUUUAAUCUUCAUAUUUAUAAUGAUAAUUUUUUAAAACCAUUAUGAGUUGAUAAGUUUAAAUUGCACUUGUUACUGUAAGCCUGUGAUGCUUUGAAUGAAGUUGCCCCCUUAUAAAUAUUGCAAGGGGGUAUUUAAGGUUUGGGUGAACAAGUAUAUAGCCUCUAUAUAAUUGAUUUGACAGCAUAGUUUUCAGCUUAUUUAUGGUAUGAUUUGCAAUAUUAAGUUGUCCUGUGUAUUUAUUUAUGUAAUUUGCCUCUGUAAUUUAAAGGUUUUUCAUGCACUCAUUUUCCUUUUUGGUAUGAUUUUUUUUUCAUUAUUUCUUUAUUUUAUACCAACAUCCUAAAGCAGGAAAGUAAAUGAAUGUGCUGUUAAGGACUUGGCCAGUUUUUGAUAAUCCUUUGUCGAAUUUAACUGUUCAUUAGAAACUGUUGUCAGCAAACAAACUUAUUAUACGAAAUCUUUUGUGGAACAAGGCUUUGUAAAACCUGGCCUUUUGCCAACCAAAGCUUUGUGAAACUUUGCUCCAGCUUACCUUACUUUAGCUAGUUCAUAGCCAUGCAUUAAACGUUAAAUGCGAAAUUAUUGGUGGAUGCUCAAUGUUAUAAGGUGCAUAGAAUACAUAAGACAUAUUUCCAGAAGUUUCAUUUCAAAUUGUUACCUUACAUUUAGAUACGUAAAGAAAAUUGUACAACAUAAAUAGCUAUAAUUUAAUAGUGGAUCAAUUGACAGUUCCUAUCCUUUCUAAUGUGAUGAUUGCUCACUUUGUAUUAUUGUAAACAAGGAUUGUAUUUUUCAGUUAAAAUAAUAAAUAUUUAUAUCAUGAAA